AUGGCUGAGAGAUCAAGAGCCAACGUAUCUGCAACUUAUGAGGAUUUCCAACUCCAGGUUGAACGAAAGGAAGAUCAAGAAGCAAAUUUUCUAAUCACUCACCUUCCAGGUUUCUCCAAAGAGCAGAUUAGUGUCACCUAUGUGGACUCCUCUCGAACGAUUAAAGUGCAGGGGGAGCGAGCACUUGAGAAGAACAAACGACGACGUUUCAACCAGGCCUUCCCUGUUCCAGAAGAUUGUGUCAAAGAAAAAAUGCACGCUACUUUUAGAAAUAGUAUCCUUACCAUUACAAUGCCUAAACAGACAAUUACUCAAACAGGUUCCGUGCAAGAUGCAAAUGCCAAUAAAGAAACAACACUUCCCAUGGCUGCUUCAAUGACGUCCUCCGUUGUUGAAAAGCAAACAGACGAAAAAGUUUUGCCUCCCCAAACCCCUCGAAACGCCAUAACUGAUCAGCCUAAAGCAUCAAUGGAAAUGGGUCGUCAACAAAAUGUAAAUGCUCCUCCGAAGGUGCAGCUAUCAGUGAGACAAGAAGAAACACAAAAGAAUGCUGCUGCUGCUGCUGCCAUUGCAACUAGCACAAAGCAAGCCGAAGAGAGGACUGCGGGGUCUACCUCUACGGCUGCCGUAGAAGAGAAGAAGCGGCCGAAGAAAGUUGAAAGCAGCUUCCUGGGGAGAGCCAAGGGAAUGAAAAGAAUGGAAACCAUAAUGAAGAGCGUAAAGAGAAUUGCCACGGACGAUUACGAAGAUCGACAGAAUCUGAUGAAUAUAGGGGUGUCGGUUUUGGUGGUUGUGGCACAUGGGGUUUAUAUCACCAACAGUUAUCGAUCAUCUGGACAAGCCGAAGAUUAG